CUAUACCGAUCAAUUUUGAAAUGUAAUAACUGAGAUAGUUUGUGAAUGAGAGUCGUGAGUGUUGGAAGGCUUUUUUGUGGUGCUCCGAGAUGGAUUUGUUAACUCUUAUGCAACCUCUUGGGAUUUUGGCAGCAUCUUUCGUGGGAUUUAUUGUGAUCUUCAAUCGUCGCUCACGGAGACAUCGGAGUGGUCACUACACACUGCCCGAAUGGAAUUUUUUCCUAAAACAGCGAUGGGCUGAGAAAAUGGUGCACAGGAAACUGCAAGAGGAAGAUCCUAGGGAGACUUUCUUCACAAUCCAUCCGGAUGAUCGAGUGCAUACACUCGAGAGAGAUACCAGUGCAGAGAGUUUGCAAUUUUACGGAGUCGAUUGGGCGGGAAAUGAAUUACUGGUGAAGAUUAUUAGGAAAAAGUCUCGUGCAGCUGAUGUGAUCGUCAGUCUGAGACUUGAAACUGGUGAGACUUUUACACUUCCGCAGCAUCCAGACACUAGAAUUUCAUCUGCAAAUACAGAGGAGGCUUUUGAGGCAGCUGGACUUCAGUUUGAAUGCCUUGUUCCCAAUUCACGAUGGAGGAUCGUAUUUUCUGGGUAUCUCAGACGGGAGAUACGCCAAGUAUGGUCAUCGGUAGUCCAAGAGGAUGAGCUUGUAUUUGUAAAAUUCAAUUUCAUCUGGGGAGCUGCAGCUGAACCCAACUCCUGGCCAUGGAGCUGGAGUCCUAAACUAAUGUCCACGGCAUUGGCCACAGAGCCCUGGCUCGAUGGCAAAUGGAUAAAUAUGUUGCCUCUGAGUGAACAGGGCAUUGAUCAAUUCGGCUCUCUGAGUGGCCAGAUCAUCAUCGAUGAUGCACCAGCGAAGCAUCUGCUGUUGCCAGGGAUGAGAGAGAAACGCUGGGGGGUUCAGCGGAUGUACAAUAUUCAUCGCAGAGUGAACUUCCGGGUAUCUUGCUACGAUGGAUUGGUAUUUUCUCUGAAUACAACAAGCUUUGUCGAGGGUCUAACUCAUGUCCAGUCAGGAUUUGUACGAAUUCCCUGUGGAGAAGUAUACCCAAUCGAUUGGAGUGAUUUCCAUCUGUCAACACUGGCUGAGCAUCCCAAAAGUUUCCCGAGAGCUUUCACCUUCAGAUUUUCCGGUGGCGGAAGAACUUUCACCGCUGUCCUGCACUUCCAUGCUGGGAAAAUUCUCCCAUUGCAGGGUGGACGUCCACUUGAGUGGUUCUCACAUCAAGUACCUUUUGAGACCACUGUGAAUGGGAUUCCUGGUCGAGGGAGUAUUGAUAUGCUCUACCCAGAAUCCUCUGUGGAUACAGAUUUGCCUCAUCCCAUCGAGGAUAGUCGCAUGAGAAGACUACGAUAUAAAGACAUAAAGCCAGGGAGGAAACUGGUAGUGAAACUGCGAGAUACAGAUGCUCAAAGUGUGGCUGUAGCUGGUGGAAAAGGUGCAAGUUUAGCACUCCUCACGUGUGCUGUGGAAAAUGGAAACUUCACAGUUCCAGGAGGAUUUGUCGUGGCAUCGUCGGCAUAUCGAUUUCAAAUGAACCAAGAUGAAGAAUUCAGGCAGUUGCUGAAAAAUGUGGAGGGUAUUUGUGCAGGAGAAUUGCAGGGAAAUCUCAGAGAAUCCUGCGAACUAGUCACCCAAAAAAUUCUCAGCAUGAACCUUAAGGAUGAAAUCCGUGUGGCUGUGGAUGAAGCCCUAGCUGAAAAUGGAAGUGACUCUGAGGACAAUUCUGGGGACUUUGAGGUUGUCCGGGAAAUGAGGUACGCGGUCAGAAGCAGUGGAAUCAGUGAGGAUGGCAGUGAUGCUUCAGCAGCUGGUCAGAAUGAGACAUUUUUGGGUUUAUCCACUGCUGAAGAGAUCCAUAGAGCAAUUGUCAAGUGCUGGGCAUCCCUGUACACUUUCCAGAGUGUUCAGUACCGUCGACAGAACACUCAACCAAUCUCCACGGAGAUGGGAGUUGUUGUGCAGCAGAUGGUGUCUGCUGAUGUUGCAGGAGUUCUGUUUACACGACAUCCAUCCACUGGAAAUCCCAGUCAUGUCCUUAUCACAGCAAAUUACGGAUUGGGAGAGUCUGUGGUGUCUGGGGAAGUGGAUCCGGAUGUCUUUGUGGUGAAGAGGAACUUCCAUGACACAGAAUUCAAACUUCAGGAGACAAAAAUUGGAAAGAAGGAGUAUAAGAUAAAGAUGGCAUCGAAUGGGAAGGAAGUAGAGAAAAUUCCUCUCGAUGAAGAUGUCCGGGACACGACUUGUCUCAGUGAGAAACUAAUCCUGAAGCUCACAGAUAUUGGAGUUCGCCUGGAGAAAUUAUAUGGAAAUCCCAGGGAUAUCGAAUGGGCAACUUAUGAUGGGAGGAUUUAUCUCCUCCAGUCGCGUCCGAUAACUUCCCUCGAUUCCUUCACGGACUGGGAAUUAGCUCAUGAGUUUGACUAUCCCAUGAUGAGUCCUGAAGAUGCUAGAUCUACCGCAAAUGUCCAGGAAGUAUUUUCCGGAUGCACUUCACCUCUAACUCUCUUUGUUGUGGCCAAAAUGAUAGAUGAAGCGACUUAUGAAGAGGCUACAGGGUAUCCAGCUUCUAAAAUCCUCUUCAAUAUAUUCUGGAUAACAAUGUACCAGAUGGGCUUUGAGAUGUACAAUCUUUUCCUGCGACAACCAGAGGAGAAUAUCACUGCGAUGCACAAAAUAUUCGGGAUGGCUGUCCUCGGGAAAGAUUUUGUAACUGAAGAAGUACUCAGAAUAGCAAUUCAUCGAAGAGGCUUAACUGGCUACUGGGAAAGGACAAAAAUGAUGACCAAAAUCAUGACACAGCUACUAAGCAACAGCCGAAGAUCAGCUCGAGGAUUGGCAUUAGCCAAAUCAUUCCGAAAUGAGUAUUCUCCGGAAAGCCUCGAGAGAUUUACCAAUUCAGCUGAACUCUUGGAGGACAUCAAUAACAAUAUAAGCCACCUACGCGAGAUUUCCAGGAUCCAUGGAAUAGUUUCUCAAGUAUCAGUGUUCUCCCAACUCCUUAACAUGAUGGUGAUGAUGGAAGGAGCUGAAGACUUAACAGAUGAUCACCUCAAUGACAUAGCUCUCCUGCUCAAAUGCAGUAAAGAAGUGGAAUCAGCAGAGAUUCCUAAGGAUCUAGCCGAAAUUGGGAAGAAAAUACUCGCUUCCGGACAUUCUGAGGAGUUUAGCAAAAUCCCUCCUGCAAAUGGAGUCACCUGGCUGGGGGAAAACUGUCGAGAAGCCCAUAAACUUUUUACAGAAUUCAUUGCUAAAAAUCAUCACCGAGCACUCAAGGAAUUCGAUUUGUCUACGGAAACCUGGGGAAUGUGUCCAGAUUUCGUGAUUGAAAUGAUCCAGGCCAAUGUGAAGUUUGGCAAAACCCUAACAGAGGCUGUAGCAGCAAGUUCCCAUGACAUAGUCGAUCAACUGCGAACGCCAAAGAAGAAAGUGACCAAAUUCAUCCUGAGACGCUUAGUAAGCCUGCUCAAUAGAUCUGUGCAGCGUCGGGAGUUAUCCAAAAGUAACUUAAUAGCCAUUGUCAAUGAGUUUAGGAUGGCUUUUCGACACCUGGGGCGUCUUAUGGUAAGCGAAGGACGCUUGUCUGAUCCUCAGCUGAUAUUCUACCUCAUUCCAUAUGAAAUUGAGCGUCUGGUGAGAAAGAGAGAUGCCAGACUUGUGCACAAAGCUUCCCGCCGGAAGCGCCUGCUGGCACAGUGGGAGAAUAUUCAGUUCCCGGAACUUGCCACCGGAUUCCCUCAACCUAUCAAUCAUCAGUUAAUUAUGCCCGCAGACGGCGGGGAGUGCAUAGUUCAGGGCACAACAGUCUACCCAGGAAUCAUUACAGCCAGAGCCUGCGUUCUGAAAAGCUUUGCGGAAGUGGAUCAGAUUCAACCUGGGGACAUUCUGAUUACAUACAGCACGGACAUUGGUUGGAGUCCCUACUUCCCGAUGUUGGGAGCUGUGGUGACUGAAUUAGGUGGACUAAUUUCCCAUGGUGCUGUUGUAGCCAGAGAAUACGGAUUGCCCUGCAUUGUGGCAGCUCAGGGAGCUACUGACUACUUCAAGACAGGAGAUAAAGUGACUCUAGACGCCUGUAAGGGAGUUAUAUUCCGCACUGAAUCACACUCUUGAAGCCAAGACUUCCAUUUGAAACAGAAAUGACCACGAAAGCUGAGAUUAUGAUGCUAUUCCAAUGAGAAAUGAAAAGGAGAAAAUUCUCUCCUGGGACAUUUUUUUUAGCACAUGACUAUUCUCAAGUGUUUCUUCAUUAUCGACUUUUCUUUGUGUUCAUUCCUGUCUCUACUGUUUUUCUUAGUAUUCGCCGUGUUCUAAAACCACCAAAGAGUCGUGACGGAGACCAGCAUAUUGAAAGUCGAUUAUGUAGAAGCACUUUAGAACAGUCAUGUACUAAAAAUUAUGAUGCUAUUCCAAUGGGAAAUGAAAAUGAUAAAAUUCUCUCCUGGACAAUUUUUUUUAGUACAUGACUAUUCUCAAGUGUUUCUUCAUUAUCGACUUUUCUCUGUGUUCAUUCCUGUCUCUACUGUUUUUCUCAGUACUCACCGUGUUCUAAAACCAGCAAAGAGUCGUGACGGAAACCAACAAAUUGAAAUUCGAUUAUGUAGAAGCACUUUAGAACAGUCAUGUACUAAAAAAUUAUGACGCUAUUCCAAUGAGAAAUGAAAAGGGAAAAACUCUCUCCUUGACAUUUUUUUUAGUACAUGACUAUUCUAAAGUGUUUCUUCAUUAUCGACUUUUCUUUGUGUUGAUUUCUGUCUCUACCGUUUUUCUUAGUAUUCGCCGUGUUCUAAAACUACCAAAGAGUCGUGACGGAAACCAACGUAUUGAAAGUCGUUUAUGUAGAAGCACUUUAGAACAGUCAUGUACUAAAAAAAAAUUAUCAGGAUAAAUAUUUCCCCUCUCAUUUUUCAUUUUUAUUGGAAAAGCACCAUCAAUAAAUCUAAAGGAUAUUUUAUAUUUUGCUGUGUUAAAGUGCUAAAAUUAUGCAUAAUUUUUAGAUAAAGAAAUUUUAUAUUAAAAAAAAGAAAACAAUUGAAGAACGUGUGAAAAUUAAAUUGAAAAACAAAUUUCACAUGAUCAUAUUUUAUUCUUACAGGGAGAUAGUAUUACAUUUACGAAUAAGCUCCGCCUCGUCCCCUUUUGAACAAUAUUAGAUCACGCCCCUAUUAGAACCGACAACUAACCUAGCUCAAAACCCUCAAAACAAUCGGGUAAUCAUUAGUGAAUACUUUAGCUUUUACAAAUAAACUAUCUUUGCAAUAGGUGCUGCUUAUUCAAGGGAUUAAAAUUUACAUUCAUCCCAACAUAUUUUUCCUAAGAAAAUUUCACAUAAAAAUAGGUUGAAUUGAAUGACAAGUAUUUACUGUUUGUAUUUUAUUUUACAUUGUUAACAUUGUAUACUUGAAGCCAUGUUGUACUUACAAUAUUUGUGUAUUAAAGAUUAAACAUUUUACUU